UUUGGGCUCCCUGUGGCAUCGUUUGCGCGAAUUCAAGAUGGCGGAUUCCAGGAGCCCGUCUGUAGCUUCACAAGUCCCAUUUUUCAACUUUUGCAUGGCGAUGGAGAGGAUCUGUGAAGCCAAAGGAAGCAUAGAAAAGAAAAGGGAUCCUUUAAGGAAGCUUAUUUCUAGCUGGAGAGAAGCUCAUCGCAGGAUUCACGGUAGCACAAAAACUACAGACUCAUUGUUUCCAUUGUUGCGUCUACUGUUGCCACAUCUGGAUAAGGAUCGCCCUGCUUAUGGCAUGAAAGAAAACAUCUUCGCUAAGUACAUUAUUGAUGUCAUGAGCCUUGGUAAGGAUAGCAGCAGUGGAUGCAAAUUACUGAACUAUCGACAUCCAUCCUCCUCCAAACAGGAUAGCCAGGGUGACUUUGCGAGUGUUGCAUACUUUGUUUUAAAGGACCGUUGUCCAGAAAAGGGAAGUUUGAAAAUUGAAGAGGUAAACAAGCUGUUAGAUGACAUGGCCAAUGCUAAUCUUGAGAAGAAGAGAGACAAUGUCAAGAUGUCCAUUCAGAUGCUUCUGCGGAAAUCUAGUGCCAAAGAAGUGAAAUGGCUCAUCAGAAUCAUUCUAAAGGAGCUGAAGAUGGGUUUGGGAGAAAAUUCGGUAUUUGCUGUCUUUCAUCCUGAUGCCCUUGAUCAUUACAAUACCUGUAACAACUUAUCCAAGGUUUGCAUGGAUCUUCAUGAUCCUAGUGUCCGCAUGAACGAAGCAGAAAUAACUAUUUUCUCAGCAUUCAGGCCCAUGCUUGCACAGUGGAGUCCCCUGAAUCAGGUAGAGGAUUUGAUGAAGAAUCAACCAUUUUACAUUGAGACCAAGAUGGAUGGAGAAAGGUUCAUCCUUCACAAGCAUGGUGACAAAUACCGGUAUUUCAGCAGAGGGGGAAAUGACUUCACUCAUACUUUUGGAGAGAAUUCCCGUGAGGGUUGCCUCACUCCAAAGAUCAAUGACUGUUUUGAAAGGUCAAUCCAUUCGUGCAUUCUGGAUGGAGAGAUGUUGGUUUAUGACACAUCCAAUGAAAUUUUUAUUACUAAAGCAAUGCAUGUGGAUGUCAAGUCAGCAGCUACCUUUAAUGCUGUUCGUCAGCCCUGCUUUGUUGUCUUUGAUGUUCUCCUGUACAAUGGAAAAAAGCUUGCCAACACACCAUUGCAUGAACGCCUCAAACUCCUUGAAACGGUUUUUAAGCCUCGUCUAGGGUUCCUUCAAUUUGUUGAAAGACAAAAUGCAUCAUCAAAUGAAGAAGUGAUCAAGUCUUUGAAUGAAGCAAUCGAUCGACGCGAGGAAGGCUUGGUAGUUAAGUCACGAGACUCUGUCUACAAACCCAACGUCAGAAACGGUGGUGGGUGGCUCAAGAUAAAGCCGGAGUAUGUCGCGAGCCUAAGUGAUGACCUCGAUGUUGUCAUCGUUGGAGGAUAUUUCGGUGUUGGGCGUCGCCAAGGAAUGGUGUCUCACUUCUUAUGCGCAGUUGCAGUGCCGAGCGACCGUCGCGGCGAAAAACCAUCUCAAUUCUAUUCCCUCUGUAAAGUUGGGUCAGGUUAUACGAUGAAUGAGUUGGAUGAGCUGGGACAACAGCUGAAGCCGCACUGGCAGCCAUUCAAUCAGGCUAAACCCCCCAAGAGUGUCUGCUUCACACCAGGAUUUAAGGAAAAGCCUGACGUGUGGAUCGAACCCUCAAAGUCUAAAGUUGUUCAGAUCAAAGCAGCUGAGAUCACACCCAGCGAAAAAUACAGGGCAGGAUUCACGCUACGAUUUCCGCGGUUGGAAUGUGUUAGACACGAUAAAUCCUGGUACGACUGCCUGGACCUAUCAGGACUGGAACAACUCCUAAAGAAAGCGGAAGGCAAGCUAACCUCUCGUCACACCAGUCUGGGAGAGGAGUCUGCUCCAGCCAAAAAGAGAAGCCGCACCACGCAAAAGCGCGCAGAACAAACGCGCGUGAGUGUCGCACCGCAGUUUAAACCUUCGGAGGUAUCAACCGUGGCAAAGGUAUCGAAGCUUUUCGAAGGAAAGGAGUUCUGUAUUGUGAAUGGACCUGCCUCUCACCCAAAACACUCCCUGGAGAAAAUGAUAACACAGCACGGUGGAACAUUCACGCAGAUCCCGGGACCUGAGACUUACUGCACUAUAGCCGAUCGACCUAAUGUUCGCUUAGGAAAUAUUAUCAAAGACGGGCGAUUUGACGUCGUACAAGCAGCAUGGCUUAUCGAUUGUAUGAACCAGGCCAAGCUGCUGCCAUGGCAACCUGCUCAGAUGCUACAUACGUCAUCAGCAACAACCGCAAAGUUCCGAGAGGAGUAUGAUCGCCAUGGUGACAGCUUCACGUGUGAUGCAACCGCGGAUUCGCUAAAGACAGUUUUCCACAAUAUCGCCAAUGAUGACAUUAGUAUAACUGCAAAGGAGAUUGCUGACAUAGAGCAGCGGUAUUUUCCCGCCAGCACACCCCACAACUUGUUCCGUACAUGCAGGGUCUACCUUGACAAGCUCAAAGAUAUUGAUAACCCAGACACGGUGAUCCCCGACUGUAGUCUAGAGCUGACAGCUCUUGAGCUUCGUUGCCAUGGCGCCCACAUACAAGAGCGGUUUGACGAGACAGUGACACAUGUGGUGUUUGAUGACCGAGAUUUGUCAAGAUUACCGACAUACCAGCAAAUAAUGCGAAAUCGACCGAAGAAACACCACUUCGUCACAGAGAGUUGGGUAACGCAAUCAAUUGGCAACGAGAGAAUCUUGUCCGAAAGGCAAUUUGCACCUCGAGCGUAUACUUCAGCUAGCUAGUGCAGCAUAGUGUGCAUAUUGCAUAUACAUAGAAAAAAUAAAGGAACCUCCCCAGGCUGAACAUAUAUCGCUGAAUAAUUUGUAAAUUCAUCAUCCUUCAAAAUAAAUUUUAAAAUUA